AUGAACAGGGCAACUCGAGGGAUGGGCCGUGGAGAUUGGACUUGGCACCUCUGCCGGCUCUCGGUCGACGGCGGACCGUCGGUCAUCGCACGUUGCCGCCAUGGCAUCCUCGGGGGGCGAACAGUCGCGCCGCCACGCGCGUCAACAAAGGCAGCUCCGUUCGUGGGCAAGGUCGAGAGCUCCGUCUCGGACGUUUUUUUUCACGGCCAGGACGAGGGCGCACGUAAAGCGGCCGGCGAGGUGGACGAGAGACUUGGCGUGCCGGUUCAAGACUCGACCCAGGUCAAUGGCCGGCACGCGGCCAACGCGUCCAAGGUGCACGCAACAAGUCGACGGCAGGCAUCGGUGCGCAAGCCAUCGAGGCGUCGCAAUGGCACGGCGAGGCACCGUAUCCGCAUGCCAGCCCAACUCGCACAUGGGCUCGGGAGCUCGGUUGGCAUCGUCCUGCACGAUGGUGGAGCGACGAGAGGACGGAUCGGGAAUGACAAUUCCGUCGAGCGAUGGCGUCGGUCUGAAACGGAGCCAUGUGAUCGGAGCCUGUCUUGGCGGCACAAGCCGUCGAUCUCAAUCAUGUUGCAGAAGCUGCCGUCGAUGCUCCUGACACACGGCCAGCUGCAACGUAUGCUCGCUCGACCGUCGCAUCCGUGGGGAUGCCCGGCCUGCCACGAGGCACGCGGCCCAAGGUCGGUGGCGGUCGCAUCUUCGUUUCUCGCCGCCCACUUCGUUUCUCUUCGCGCGGAGCUUGGACGAACGAAGCUGCGUCUUGCACGCGACCAUUCAUCGGACCUCAAGACGGACGACGAAAGCACCAUCCCGACGCGGUACUGA